AUGCGCCACCACCGUCAUUUCCACUGGUUAAGAACCUUCACCACCUUCACCUUUCUCCUUUUCUCUUCCGUUUUAGCCAUAACCACUCUCACCCCACAACCCAGUGGUGGGGCUGUGAAGCACCUUAAUCGGGAAGAGAAUCUAAAUGGGUCACCGGCGCUGCCGGUGAAGAGAUCGGUGGAGGAGGAGAAGAGGUUCGGCGGGCCAGGGUCAUCGCCGCCGUCGUGCAGAUCCAAGUGCGGUUGGUGCAAUCCUUGCAUACCGGUUCACGUUCCGGUCCAACCCGGUUUAAUCAUUCGCCUGGAGUACUACCCAGAAGCGUGGCGUUGCAAUAUUGAUUUUUGGGUUAACCUUUUGAGGGAAGGAGGGAGGGACAGUCAGGAAGGGAGUGUUGGGAAUGUAGGAUGUUCAGUGAAGUUGUGGAAUUGGAAAGAGGAGAAGAGAGAGUUGGGGAAUUCCCCCCAAAAAAUGCAGUACACACACGAGGGGGUGAAAGCUCCUUUCUCUGCAAUUGGGUUGAACAGAGAUACACAGUUGCUUUGGCUAGCUACCCCUGUUGUCAGUGUUGCUUGUAUCAAUUGA